AUGGGGAGAAAGACAUUAUUCGCGGCCAUGUGCUGGCUGACUUUAAGUCAAGCCUUGAGUGAUAAAACCAGUAAAAGUGUCGCAGCGAAAGACAAUGUAAGUGCAGCAAGUGCUCCUCGCCUGUACGGCAACGUUCCCCUCGGAGUGUACGCCAGCGCCGCGCCGUACGCGGCCUACUCGUUCCACCUGCCUCAGUUUGUCGCCGCACCGAAGACAGCCGCCUCGCAAGUGGCUGCAGUCAAACAGAAGCCAGUGAAUCAGAACAUUAACACUUACUUGAUGGAUUCAUACGGGAACAGAUACUUUGAAUCCCCCCAGCAACUGCCAUACAAAGCUGCAUUCUCGCAACAAUAUGUGUCGCUCCAACCCACGCUCCCAGAACAUUUGGCCCAACCGUUAGUUGCAGCUUCGCCCAACUUCCAAUUCCAACAGUCAGGGCCGCAAGUGUUCUUUGGCGCGCCGAUCAGAGUCGCGCCACUGCAGAAUCCGGCGCCGACGCCUCUCCAUCAAUUUCCCACCUUCGGACGCUUAGUGUAUGCAGACAAAGUGCAAAGUUUGGCGCCAUCUUCAAUUUUGCAAAGCCAUGGUUAUAAAGUUCCAACAGCCCAACAACAAUCAAGCAAUAAUAAAGCGGUUUUCUCCAAUACGGAAUCACACGAGCAAUAUGUUAAUUUAAAAGAUGAACCUAAGUUUCAACGACAGCAACAAUCUCAAAUAAUUGUUGGCAAACCCAAGUCAGAGAACCAGCAGGUGGCAUCGCCUGCUAGUGCAAGUGAAACAAAGUUCCAGCGCAUACACGAAAUACCCAAGGAAGUUCGAGGUCAUACACAAUUUCAACGUCUACAAGAACAACCUCACACUUCCGAGGAACAUAACUCUGAGGGUGUACAAGAGAGUCCAAUACAUCAGGGAGGAAAUACUCACAGUGUUCAUAACAAUAAAGCUCAAAUACAAUCUGCGCCCACAAAGCAGGCGACGUUCACGUACGUCAAUGAUGUCAAUGGGAAGAAGUCUGUUGUAAAAGUGCAAAGUGAACCUAUCCCUCUACUAGAUUUGACUCUGCUUGAGCCGUUGACUUUUAAGAAUCCUCUCGUCCCUCAAGUACAACAUUUCUUACCGAGAAUCAACCAAGCCACAUACCAAAAACUGCCACAGCCAAAUUUAGAUGGUGUUAAAAAUUAUCAAAAAGAAUUUGUGGUUCAAAAGACUAUGUCUUAUGACAGCAGAAAUGUUAACGAAAAACCACAGAAAAGUGCAAAUAAGAAGAAGGAGAAGAAACCAACACUUUCCCACAAACAAAGCAAAAAGAAUGAUGUACCGAAGAAAACACACCACGAGACGCUAGAUGAUGCUCCCGAAAUUGUUUAUGAAAUUAAUGCUCCUGGGCAUAAGGAGACUUACAUAGAAAAGGCCAUAAGUUACAACAAGGAGACCCAGCCUGAACCAGUUCAUUAUAGUUAUGGAUCUAAAUCUGAAAAAGCACCAGUUACUUAUAGUUUUUCACGUUCGUCUAAAGAUCCGGGUCAGGUCAACCAAGUUCGAUACUAUGGCAAGGCUCAAGGUCCAUCACCCCUCGUUUAUAAUUUUAAACCGGAGGAACUGCACAAGGAAGCACAUGACCACAAAAACGUCCCAAACAGCGAGUCCCAUAGUCACGAAGACUCUGCUCAGCAAUCAGAAGACAGUGGUCCAGGUUAUCAAAACAAUUAUGACGACCAUCCUAAAUCGUCUGAAGAAUAUGAUGAAACACCACACAAGGAACAAAGUCACUACCACAGGCCAAGCCAGUCAACCAAUGAUGAAUCACAGGAGCAUCGAUCGAAUGCUGAUACAUCAAAAUACAACACUGCACCGGUACAACAUACGGGACAUUUUAAUGUUGACCCCAUAGUACAGGAAUAUGAAGAGGACAUACGUCUGCUCGCCAAUGCUCAAAUAAAGGUGGAUCCCACACAACAUGUCCCUCACGAGGAAUCUGAACACCACGCACGCGCUCAUCAGCGAGAGCAACAGUCCGAGGCGCCGCGUACACAUCAACACUCGUCCCCGCAGAAACAGCCGCAUCAACUACCACCGCCACAAUCUCAUCAUCAUUACUCCUCUCCCCAGUCUGAAUCCCACAAUGCUCAAGCACAUCACAAUCACGGAGACUUAAAUCGCCAUCACCUUCCUUCCCCGCAGAAGGAAUCGCAUUCAUCGCCAUCACCGCAGUCUCACAUCCAUUUCUCAAACCCGCAGCAUGAAUCACAUAAGGCUCCAGCCGCUCAUAUCCAUGAGAAAUCAAAACGCAUUAUUAUUCACGAUGAAGCUCCGGAUGAAAGGCACAUGCACCGAGAACAGAUGAAGGAAGAAGUAUUUGACCGGGAAGAAAACAACGAGGAAGACUUUGAAAAGGCAUACAAAAAUGCUGCGUUUGGUUUUCCGGCCUACAGCAAGGAAGCACUAGAAGCGGAAGAAAAAGAUAUCUUCGAUCCCGAAAGUUACGGAGUGCCACCAGACCACAUCGAGUACAACAUUGAGGAUACGCCAUUUCAACAAUAUCAGGAAGAAGGCGACGAGUUUCCCAAAGAGGCUCGUGCCAGAUAUAAAGACUCCAGGGACAAAAUGAAGGAAGGUUAUUACACGGAUUAUUCAAUUAGCAAGCCCGAGAGUUUGCUCGAUCGCUACCAGAACAAGUUAGGUUAUUACAAGUUGUACAAGCAACAGAAACCCGAUUAUUACGUCGCCGAUGGAGACGACAACGACAAAAAGAAACAGAAACCGAAAUUCGCGCAAUACUCGGUUGCACCUACUUUCGAUUUUCAUUCCAAGAAUGAAGAAAAAGGAAAGUCGUAUUACGGUCACCCCAAGCCUAAACAACAGUUGUAUGAGUACGACUACUCCGAGGGCACGCCGCGAGACAACUCGGCGUUUGCAUCGCGGCCCUACCAGAGGUACAAGACCAAGACAAACUUCGUAGAGCCACAAUUCCAAUACGGUUUCGAACCGUUAUCGAUACCAAAGCUCCUUGACAGCGAGUUGGCCGCGAUGGCCAGCGUGCAUAGGCCUGAAAGUGAAAAGCCGGGCAUGAGGAAGAAAGUGUACAAAGAAAACUGGUACAUUAAGAAAACUAGCACAGCAGGUGGGGUGCCAGCUAGCUGA